AUGAGCUGGUCUCCUUUCUCGGAUAUUAAUACAAGAAGCACCAUUUCUUCGCGGUCACGCAGUAGUGGUCCGUUAUCCCGGUUUCGGUCUUCUGAAUCCGGAGGCAGCCCUUCCUCUGCCACAAGCAGUUUACGUGAUGACGUUUCCCUUAAUCUGACAUUGAAUAGUGACAAUGGGAAAUUCGAUGUAGAUCAAUCAAUUUUGCCUUAUCCUGAAUUUAAUAAUAAACGAAGAACGAUAGUAGUUAUUAGAAGUACUUUGAAUGAAUCUUUCGGUUUUGCAUUACAAUCUUAUGUUUUUAAACGUGGAAGUAACUCCAUCGAACGUAUCACAUAUGUAGAUUACGUCCAAGAUGGAGCUCCAGCUUCAAAAGCGGGAAUACGUAGAGGAGAUGUAGUUAUAGCAGUAAAUGGCGUUUCAGUUAUUGGCGAAUCUCAUUCAUCUCUUGUCAGCAUAAUUUCUUCUCAGCUGCAAAUGAGAAUAGUAGUAUUAUUCCAAAAUAUCGCUAGGAUAAUUCAGUUGUCAGCACGCUCUCUUCAGUUACAAUAUAUUUUAAGAGAAAAACAGAAGAUGCUAGAAGCAUUAGAAAGAGAAGAACAGAAGAUUAUUGACAAAUAUGACUUUGGAUCAAAACAACUUGAACAGACUAGUGAGUCGGCUAAUACAUCUGGUUCAUCUCUGCCUGGCUUAUGCCCAAGUGGAGAAUCCAUGAUUUCUGCCGGAAUAGAGUCUGAUCACCCAGAUGAUCCUUCACCAUCAAGUGAGAGCUGA